AGAACCCGUAGCCGAGGCUGGGCGACAGGUACGUCGGAGCGGCCAAGGCUGCGGAACUGCACUUGAUCAGGAUGGAGGCUGCACAGCAAAUAAGGUCGCCGUCCCCUAGCCUGCGAGGCUUUGCAUUUAACUUCUGGUGACACUAAGUUGGAAGGUUUCCGGCCGGAAGUUAUUCGAUGAGACACCCGGAAGGCGGAAGUCCUCGAACGGAAGUGGCGGAGAGGAACGGAGAAUGGCGGCGGAAGGUUGGAUUUGGCGCUGGGGCUGGGGCCGGCGGUGCCCGGGGAGGCCUGGGCUUCCCGGCCCCGGCCCUGGCCCCAUGACACCUCUACUUCUUCUUCUGUUGCUGGGGCCGGUGGCUGCGGAUAUAACUGACGGCAACAGUGAACACCUCAAGCGGGAGCAUUCGCUUAUCAAGCCCUACCAAGGUGUCGGUUCCAGCUCCAUGCCCCUCUGGGACUUCCAAGGCAGCACAAUACUCACGAGCCAGUACGUGCGUCUGACUCCUGAUGAGCGCAGCAAAGAGGGCUCCAUCUGGAACCACCAGCCUUGCUUCCUCAAAGACUGGGAGAUGCAUGUCCACUUCAAAGUCCACGGUGCUGGCAAGAAGAAUCUCCAUGGAGACGGCAUUGCCUUGUGGUACACUCGCGACCGCCUCGUGUCAGGGCCUGUGUUUGGAAGCAAAGACAACUUCCACGGUUUAGCCAUCUUCCUGGACACGUAUCCCAAUGAUGAGGCCACAGAGCGUGUGUUCCCGUACAUCUCGGUGAUGGUGAACAAUGGCUCCCUGUCCUACGACCAUAGUAAGGAUGGCCGCUGGACCGAGCUGGCAGGCUGCACGGCUGACUUCCGCAACCGUGAUCAUGACACCUUUCUGGCUGUACGCUACUCCCGGGGCCGUCUGACGGUGAUGACUGACUUGGAGGACAAGAACGAGUGGAAGAAUUGCAUUGACAUCACGGGAGUGCGCCUCCCCACCGGCUACUACUUUGGAGCCUCUGCUGGCACCGGUGACCUAUCUGACAAUCACGACAUCAUCUCCAUGAAGCUGUUCCAGCUUAUGGUAGAGCACACCCCCGAGGAGGAGAACAUUGACUGGACCAAAAUCGAGCCCAGCGUCAAUUUCCUCAAGUCGCCUAAAGACAACGUGGAUGACCCGACGGGGAACUUCCGCAGCGGGCCCCUGACGGGGUGGCGGGUGUUCCUGUUGCUGCUGUGUGCGCUCCUGGGCAUCAUCGUGUGUGCCGUAGUGGGGGCCGUGGUGUUUCAGAAGCGGCAGGAGCGCAACAAGCGUUUCUACUGAGUGGCCAGUGCUCGGCUGGGGAGGGCCUGGUGUUGGCCCCCUGCACUAAUGUGAACUUUUUUUUUUUACUGGGAUUGUAAAAGAAAAACAAGAUGACCUUAUUUCUUAACAGUUUAAAAGAAAUAAUUAAAGUAUUUUCAUACAUAUUGCUUCUUGCCCAGCAGGGACAGGCUGUAGGGCUGGGGAGUAAGGGGUUGGUGUUCCCACAGCCAUGGACAGAGGCCCUUGCCCAUUGCCAGCAUCUCAAGAGCAAGUGGGCCUGUGGCUGGAGCUGAGCUGGGGCCCCUGUAGGUGGCCUUGAACAUUGGAGACCUUCCCCGACCACACAGGUGGUGCCUGAGGACAUGAGCAGUGAUUUCUGUGCUGCACUGCAUGUGUGGCAGAAGAGGAGGUGAUUGUGGAACCUGGGCCUUCAUGUUCACCUCUGAGCCUCCCAAGGCAGACCCUCGAGUAAGGCUUAGGGGAGCAGUUUGGUGGGGCCCAGCGUGAGACCGACAUGUGCUAAAUAAAGUGAAAUAACCACCCUGUG